AUGACACCACAUGAAGAAAAACCAAUCAGUGAUGAAUUUAUACCAUUAUCGGCAAUUGAACGUAAUAUAUACGAGGAACAAGAAGAAAAACAAGACACCUUCGAUUGGGAAGCAUUACUCGAUGAAGAAUUAGCAGCAGCAAUAGCAGCAUCAGCAGCAAGACAUCGUACUGCCGUUAAUGAACAUUCACGUAAUGAAAAUGAAUUGGAUUAUUUGGCAUCAUUAGAUCGAGCAACACGAAAACCAACUAAGUUAAAAAUAAGCGAUAAUGAUAUGGGUAGAGCAGUUGACAAACUUUCUCAACCCAAUGAAAAUCGCGCUUUUGAUGAACCAUGGAUGAUUGAUAGUGCUACUAGUCGAGUAGAACGUUUACAAUCGAAAACAACUUCUGAUGAUGCUGAGCGAAAAAAACGACGGAAUGAUGCAUUGUUUCUUAUAAUCGUUGGCACGAGCAGUUUAGUUGGCGUUUUGGGUCUUGUUGCAGCAGCAAUUUUCUGGUUCAUGAUUCACAGGAGAGCUCAAACAGCAAUUGAUGUUGAAUAUCCAUCAUAUGGAGUAACUGGACCUAGUAGUACUAGUGGUAAAAAGAUCUCACCAAGUACAAGUGUAUCGGAUCGAAAAUUAGCUCAAAGUGCACAAAUGUUUCAUUAUCAACAACAGCGACAACAAAUAUUGGCCCAAGAAAAAACUCACUUCGAUGCAAAACCUGUUCAUUCAGAUGAUUCUGAUGAUGAAGCACCUGGUGGUGGUGGAGAUUAUACAGUCUAUGAAUGUCCUGGUCUAGCUCCAACGGGUGAAAUGGAAGUGCGUAAUCCACUGUUUGCUGAACCAGAUUCAUCGUUAACUUCAUCAACAUCUGCUUCACAUCCAACAACUAAUAAUCAUUAUCCUCAACCAUCAACAACGACUUCAUCAUCGUCACCACCCAAAGAAAAAUUAUUAUCAUAA